AUGCAUUAUUCCUUUGAGUACAAAUGUUACCAAGAUUUUAAUACAUUGCUCAUCAAAAUUCUGGCCAGGGGAAAGUGGUCAGGUGUAGAGAAGGAACGAAGUGAGGAUAGGUCCGUUGAUGAAGUCAUGAGUACAGAGCCGACAUCAGCAUUUCGAUCACCUGUCAUCACCUCGUCCACGUCCGCCAGAGUAGCUCAUCCCAUUAUUGUACAUCCUCAACCUAUCAAGCCUUAUCCGCAUACAGCAGCUACCGACCCGUUCACCUUUUAUAGUUACUACCUAACACAAAUGGGUCAUGGCUUUGAUCUGCACCAGUUAGCGCAGAUCACCCGGCCACCCAUUCUUCCCAGCUCACAUUCGCUGUCGCCGAGCACAGCUUUAGUCAGUAAAUCGGUUGCUCCUACUACUGCAAGCAAUCGGAUCGGUUGGGAUCCAGAAACGAGUAAGACGGUUCGGAAAGAGCAAUGCAGCCCUGAUUCACCCCAAAGUGUGGAGACAUCAUGCUCAAGAACGUCACAAUCUAGUACGUCACAGAAGGACCGCAUAACAACAAUAACCACUGGAUCUGAUCGCAGCUCCGAUAAAUUCUCCUGGUUGAGCCAUUACAGCGUGGAACCAAAUACGGCCGUCGUGAGCUCCAAUAUAAGCAGUCCAUCGUUGACAUCAGUUCAGUCAAAUGGAUCAGAAACGACGUACGCGUGGAAUGGACGAGCAGAUGGACACCGUUCAGGAGAGUUUACUGCAGCGCUUAUGACCGACUACUUGGACGACGAUCCAUUAUUGUGCGCUAUUUGUGCCGACAAAUCAUCAGGAUUACAUUACGGCAUUUACACAUGCGAAGGGUAA